CGCUGUUGCAACAGCGAGACUGGAGUUGUCUUGAGCAUGACAGGGAGGUUGUGUCUUACGGCAUGUGUAGCUUAACUAGCUAGCUACAUGUAGCAUAAAGCUGUCCGCUAGCGUUUAGAAGCAAAAGUUUUGCUAGCAUGCUAAAGGGAUAUAGAUGUCAACAUCAUCUUUGAAGGCAGGAAGCUGCACAGGCCUGUCGGUUAUCACGGUCUUUUUAAAAACGGGGUAACCUUCACUGGUGAGGAGACUAGGCGCAUGCACACAUUCAUUAGCCUGGAGAAAAGCUGGCAUUUGUCAAAGAUCCAAAUGGAUAAAAAUCACAAAAAACUUCGGAAUCAGGACAGUAACCCGUGCAUGGAGGAGAGUGAUGCCUCCCAUAAGUGUUUGGAUGCCUCCAACUACGAUAAGAGAAUGUGUUCAGCUUAUUUCCAGAGAUAUAAGGACUGCAGGAAGUACUGGCACAACAUCAUGUUGGAGAGGAGGAGGAACGGAGUGAGGCCCGACAUGCCCACUGCUGCAGAGAGGAGGGAGAUGCUCACUGCUAUCGGAGGAAAGCCAUACUGAAGACCAGCAGGGUCCCACUGAGACCAGCAGGGUCCCUCAGAGACCAGCAGGGUCCCACUGAGAUCCUGUGAGGACCAGCAGGUCCAGGAACCGGGCCUACACACCCUGGUGAUGCUGCUGGGUGACCGACACUGACUGAACUGUUCUCAGGUCACACUGAACUGAACAUCUGUAGCUGGACUUUUAUUCUGAAAUAAAAAAGGAAGUAUUAUUUAUUGAGGUUAUUGACCAUGUGACAUGAACUGACAUAGUAUGAAGUGAAUUAAAGAAGAUUUAAAGUA